AAGGCAUCUGCCAGUUUCUCAAGGACUAGGAAGUAGCUUCAUUCUGAGAUCUCAGCCAUUUUGAUAAAAAAUAGAUGUAAGAAAUAGGACAGAAAAUGUCAGAUCGUAUGUGCAUUCUAGACCGCUGAUUCGUCGAUUUGUAAAGCAAGAGAAGCAUAAGAUGGUUUCCAGAUGUAGCUGCCUGGGGGUCCAGUGUGCGCUGCUCUCGCUUCUUCUCCUCACAGCCUGGGAAGUGGGGAGCGCCCAGCUCCACUACUCCGUCUACGAGGAGGCCAAACACGGCUCCUUCGUGGGCCGUAUCACGCAGGAUCUGGGGCUGGAGCUGGCGGAGCUGGUGCCGCGCCUGUUCCGGGUGGCGUCCAAAACACACGGGGACCUUCUGGAGGUAAAUCUGCAGAAUGGCAUUUUGUUUGUGAAUUCUCGGAUAGACCGCGAGGAGCUGUGCGGGAGGAGCGCGGAGUGCAGCAUCCACCUGGAGGUGAUCGUGGACAGGCCGCUGCAGGUUUUCCAUGUGGACGUGGAAGUGAAGGACAUUAACGACAACCCGCCCAGGUUCUCCGUAACAGAACAAAAGCUCUCAAUACCUGAAUCCAGACUGCUUGACUCUCGAUUUCCACUAGAAGGCGCAUCUGAUGCGGAUGUUGGAGAGAACUCAUUGCUUACUUACGAACUCAGUCCAAAUGAGUAUUUUGUUCUUGAUACUAUAAACAAAAAAGACAAAGACAAACUCCCAGUGCUUGUUCUGCGGAAGCUGCUGGAUCGUGAAGAAAAUCCUCAGCUAAAGUUGUUAUUGACAGCAACUGAUGGAGGCAAACCUGAAUUUACCGGAUCUGUUUCUUUGCUGAUCCUGGUGUUAGAUGCCAAUGAUAACGCUCCUAUCUUUGACAGACCGGUUUAUGAAGUUAAGAUGUAUGAAAAUCAAGUGAACCAAACAUUAGUUAUAUGGCUCAACGCUUCUGAUUCGGAGAACGCGCUGGUGUCCUACUCGCUGGUGGAGCGGCGGGUGGGCGAGCGCGCGCUGUCGAGCUACGUAUCGGUGCACUCGGAGAGCGGCAAAGUGUACGCGCUGCAACCGCUCGACCACGAGGAGCUGGAGCUGCUGCAGUUCCAGGUGAGCGCGCGUGACGCUGGCGUGCCGUCUCUGAGCAGCAACGUGACGCUGCAGGUGUUCGUGCUGGACGAGAACGACAACGCUCCCGCGCUGCUGGCGUCUCCCGCUGGCAGCGCGGGAGGUGCAGUCAGUGAGCUGGUGCUAAGGUCGGUGGGUGCAGGUCACGUAGUGGCGAAAGUGCGCGCAGUGGACGCUGACUCGGGAUACAACGCGUGGCUGUCUUAUGAAUUGCAGUUGGCGGCGGUUGGCACACGCAUCCCGUUCCGCGUGGGGCUGUACACGGGCGAGAUCAGUACGACGCGCACUCUAGAUGAGGAUGACUUGCCACACCAGCGCCUACUGGUGCUGGUAAAGGACCACGGCGAACCGGCGCUGACGGCCACGGCCACUGUGCUUGUGUCGCUUGUGGAGGGUAGCCAGGCACCCAAGGCCUCGUCGCGGGCUUCAGUGGGCGUAGCGCCCGAGGUGGCUCUGGUGGACGUCAACGUGUACCUGAUCAUUGCCAUCUGCGCGGUGUCCAGCUUGCUGGUGCUCACGCUGCUGCUGUACACUGCACUGCGGUGCUCGGCGGAGCCCACCGAGAGUGCACGUGGGCAGGUGAAAAUAUUUGGGAUUAUCAUGGCCCAUUAG